CACUAAAAAAACACAAUGGGCCCAUUCAUUAACCACUCUGCACGCAUAUUAGAAACGCCAUUAUGGCUUGGACGUUUCGUCCUUUUACACUUCGCCCCCAGUUCAAUUUUACACAGCUCCCCCCUUCAAUGCUCAUUUACUGAAACCCCUCCAGUAACCCUGCAACCGCCAACCACCAUCUUACCCAUCCUGGCCUUUAUAUACCCUACUCCCCCUCUACUCAUUCUCCAUCGCCUCGUCCAUUCCUCUUCUCUGUAUUUCCUUAGCACUUAUCACUCCUCAAUGGCUCGCUCCACUGCUUCGAUGGCGGUUGUCUUCAUGGUUUCUUUUCUCCUGGUUUCCUUCUUUCUCCACGAGGCAAGCGCAAUCACUUGCGGCCAGGUUUACAGCUACCUGGCACAGUGCAUCCCCUACGUAAGAAACAAUGGCCCUCUCGCGCCAGCAUGUUGCGCUGGGGUGCAUAGCCUCAACUCGGCGGCGAAGACAACCCCAGACCGGCAGGCGGCUUGUAAUUGCCUCAAGACUCUUGCCGGCAGUAUUUCUGGACUCAAUCCCCGCGCAGCUGCUGGAAUCCCCGGCAAGUGUGGCGUCAACGUCGGAUAUGCCAUCAGCACCUCCACCGACUGCACCAAGGUGCAUUGAGCUCCUUGGGCGGAUUACUAAGUACUGCUUUGAUUAGAUGAACUGGAGAAUAAAGUGGAGGCAGAGUCUACUGAGGGUUACUUAUAUCUUGGUGUUUGUGGGUUCUGUCUUCUGGUAAUAAUUUAUGUUUACUGUUCUGUUACAAGGCCGCACCCUUGGUUGUGGUGUGUUGUUGGGUAUUUAUUACUGUUGUAAUAUUAGUAGUACUAUUUCUACAUAUAUGAGUUGCAGCGUAUUUUAUAAAUAAAUUAAUGACCCGCCUCCCUCUUCACUUA